AUGAGGGCGCCGUUGUUAAUAUUUGCUGUGUUUAUCGUCCUUAUUGGUACAGUUGAUGCGAAGAAGACGAAGAAGAGUCUGAAAGAAGAUGGUGAGAACGAAGUGACUGCAUUGGAGCCAAAAGGAGCAGAUAGUGUAAACAAUUUGAAAAAUGAAGCGCUUUCAACCGAAAAGCAGGUCGUGAAAAACAGAUCUCGUCUAGCCCCUAAGCGCAGCAAACGCCCGAAUAGAAGACGAAACAGGAGAAAGAAGUGGCCACAACAGCGUUGCUACUGUCCUUGCAGCUGCACAAGUCGGAGGAGGAGAACAUGGGCAUACACAUGCAGCAAAGAGGAGGGAUUACAACGCUACUCACGAAACAGGCGGAAGAUUAAGGGUGACGCUGAAUCAACUGAAUCAACUACAGCGAGCACAACUACGACAACUGCAUCAAGCACAAGUAGCAAGCUCAGCAAUGAAACUAGCCCAGAAGCUACUCAAUCCCCGUCAACAAGCAGCAGUCCCACUGAAACGACCACACCAAGUGCAGAGAAAACGAACGCUAGCUCACCUGACUCUGAAUCUACUGAAACCGUGCUAACAACCAGCAGCACUGCUGAUACUACUACAACGAGCACGACUACGACAAGUACCAGCACAACUGGCAGCAACUCUACUCAACCUGAAACAGCCAGCAGCAGCACACUUGGUACUAUCUCGGCAGGCACCAAUGUCACGGAUGCCAGUACAACUGAACCCGGACUCAACAAAACCGGGCUAACAGACAACUGUAACGUAACCACUCCAGAAGGCGCCAAUACCAGUUCAACUGACUCAAACUUAAUUCAAUCCGGCCCAGCAAGCAACAUUGCUGUUGGGGCGCAAGGAACGAACAUCACGAUUGGCGGUACGGAUAGCACUGAGUAUAAUCAGACCGAGGUGGUAAACAACACUGCUUCUGAAGUAAAUAUGACAAACAUAGAUGGCAACACCACAACCAGCUUUGAAACUGCUCUACAAGAGUCAGCAAACAGCAGCGCCGGUAAUUUGAAUGAGACAGACGGACACUCCGCAGAAAACCGCACAGCUAUCGUUGCAUCUUUACCAUCCGUAGAAACCGACAACAGUACUACUGAAACGACUGAAAGCACCACUACGAUCACCAGUACGACUACUGCUCUCACUUCUAUAUCCGAUUCCACUACAAGCGCACUGAAAAAUGACACUAUGAAAGUGGAACUGGAAGUGAAAGAUGGGAAGAAGAAGGAGAAGACGAAGAAAAAGAAGAAGACGAAGGAGAAGGAGCAGGAGCGCAUCAAGGAAAAACAGAAAAAUGAAGUGGAUGAGAGUAUCAACAAAAUUAACGAAAACGUCACUGCAAAUCUGUCCAGCAACGCUAUUCAGGAGUUAGAUGAUCGCCGUAUUGUGACUCUACCCAAUGGCACAAACGAAGUGAAUUGA